AGGCCGUGGACAGCUCAGUGAGUGUAAGCCCGAACGGUUUCCACGGUAACAGGUCAAUCAUGUAUACGACCAGAAUGAAGGGAGAGGAUCUUUGUAAUUCUCCCAAUACUGAUACUACAUCAACCGUAAAUAAUGGCAAGAAAGGAGAUGCUGAAGAAAUACAGCCACUGACGCAGGGGGAUAUUCUUCGCAUUGGCACCGUGCUAGGGGAUUGUGUAGAUCAAUUAACUAUUCUUGGCCUCAUCAUGCCAGUCUCCUAUGAGGAAAGGACAGAUGUAACCAGUAUUGUAGGAAAUGAAAUUGACAUGAUACUGAAAGGUCAGAAGCGAGCAGAAUCAAAGCUUCAGGAGUUGAUAUCUUCCAGAUCAGAUGAAGAGGAGUCUGGAAGAGUCUCCAGAGAACGACAAGCUGAUAUAGGACAGCAAAUCCAGAAGGCUGCAGGUGAUCUGAAGAGAAGCACUCAGCUCCUGAAUACUUCACUGAAACAGAGUCCACUUAGUCCUGAUAACCUGACAAAAAUACAAGCUGACAGGCAAUUUGCUUUGGAAGUGAUAAGUAACACCUUGCAGGAGCUAAAUAAUUCUGGAACAUUUAUUUCUCUACUGAACGUUGUCGAAAAUGAGAAGAACAAAAAAAUUGACACCCAAAAUAUUAUCAUCAGAGAAGAAGAAGGCAGAAGAAAAAUUAAAAUUCUGAAAAAACAGCUACAAAAUUUACAAAAAGAAAGAGAGGCUGAUCAGCAGCAAAAAAAUGAAAUGAUCGCCCACCUAAAAGACCAGUUGCAAGAGAUGAAGGCAAAGACUGCCAUGGAAGGAAAGUACAUGAAAAAAAAUGCAGAACUGCAGAUCUUCCAGACACAAAAGAAAUGUGCUGAUGAGGAGAAUAAGCUACAGGAAGAGAUUCAGCUUUUGAAAAGUAAAAUAGAUCAGGAGAUUCGGAUACACAUGGAUAUUGAAAAGUUCCUGAAGCAAAAUCAGUCAGAAUUGGAAGAAAGCCUAGAAUUUUGGAUGGAAAAAUAUGAUAAAGAUGUUGAAACUAUGCAGAGUAAUCUGAGUACUCUGAAAGCAUCAAAAAUCAGUGAUUUACAACGGCUUAAAGAAUACUCUGAAAAGUAUUUGACUUACGAGCGAGUAAUAAUUGAGGAUAGGGUCGAGAGGGAGAACGAAUGGAAGAGAAGAACACGAGAAGAGUUAGAAUUUAAAAGCAUUAUAAAGCUCCAAUCGUGGUGGCGAGGAGUCAUGGUUCGCAGAGGAAUCGGAAUCUAUAAGUACAUUAAAAAAAAAGGAGAGAACAAAGGAAAGGGAAAAGGCAAAGGAAAGGGAAAAGGGAAGCCAACUGAUAAGAAGUGAUGCUUUUUUUGUGCAUGUUCAUUAUCCAAAUUAUUUAUUUUGUGCAAAAAUAAGGUAUUACUAGACAAUACAAAUUAAUUGAAGAAAGAAAAUUGCUUAACUAAGUUGUAUUGACUGAAGAAAAGUUUAAUUUAUUAAAAAUCAGGUGGCAAUCACAAUAGGACUUUUAAAGAAAGGGACAUGUUUUUCAAUGUUUUAAUGCUCUACUAUGACUUUUCCACAGUAUUUUAAUUUUCAAACCCCACCAACCUCUAAUAUGCAAUUUUCCUCCUUAAUUGCUUGCUUUACUUGCGUGUUUUCUUUAAGUGCCUGGUAUGCCCUGGCACCGAAAUCCCUUUGUACAUCCUUA